UUGAUUCUUUCUUGGAAGAUUGAGGGUCUAGGCUCAUCUUGCGGACGUCCCAGACCUCCUUUAAGCCGGAUGAAGUCUGGUAUUCAACCUCAGAAUCCCAGGGAGAAUGCUAAUAUUUUUUCCAUUGGUCUUUUCUGGUGGCUGUUCCCUCUCCUAGGAAAAGGAUAUAAAAAAGAUUUAGAAAUAGAAGAUAUAUAUGAAAACCUGAAAGCAGAUGGUUCAGAGAAGCUAGGAACAGAGCUGCUGAGGGAAUGGAAUAAAGAAUUGGAGAAGCAGAGACGAUUGGAGAGCUUGGGCCAAAAUUAUCAAGCAAGCCUAACCAAAGCUCUUGUUAGGCAGUUUGGACCUUUCUACGCUCUUUUAGGAAUAAUCAUGUGUAUUGAAGAAUGCUGUAUCAGAGUAUUUCAACCAGUUUUAAUGGGAUGGAUGUUGAACUACUUUUCCCCGGGAAGCAAUAUGCAGAUUAACGAGGCAUUGAUGUACGCCGGUGGUCUUGUUGUUUGUUCUUUAUUGUACACUAUCAUUCAUCAUCCUUACUAUUUAGAGGUUAUGCAUGUAGGAAUGCGUGCAAGGAUAGCAGUGUGUUCAGCAAUAUUCAGAAAGGUACUUAAGCUUUCAAGUAAAGGUCUUGAACAAACUACCCUCGGACAAAUGAUCAAUCUGAUUUCUAAUGAUGUUAAUAGAUUUGACCAAUUUGUCCUGUUCUUUCAUUAUCUGUGGAUCAGUCCUCUCCAGCUAAUUGUGGUCACUUUUCUACUCUGGCAGAAAAUUGGAAUAAGUGCGCUAGUUGGGGCAAUCCUUCUUCUACUCUUCAUUCCCUUACAAAUCUGGGUAGGGAAGAAGUUGACCCAGCUAAGAAUGCAGACAGCAGGAAAAACGGACAACAGAAUCAGACUAAUGGAUGAGAUCAUCAAUGGAAUAAAAGUUAUAAAAAUGUUUACAUGGGAAAAUUUGUUUACUGAAAAGGUUGAGGAGGCACGAAAGGAAGAAAUAAAAAUAAUCAGAAAAACCUCCUAUUUCCGAUCCUUCAACUUCAGUUUUUUCUUCACAGCGUCAAGAUUUAUUCUUCUCUGCACUUUUUUUCUGUUCUACAUAACAGGAGAGAUUCUUACCCCGGAGAAAGCAUUCCUGUGUCUUUCAUUGUACAACACUGUGCGAGUUUCGAUGACCUUAUUUUUCCCCUCUGCCAUCAGUUUGCUUGGUGUGACUAAAGUUUCAAUUUCAAGAAUUCAAACUUUUCUUCUACUUGAGGAAUUUUCAGUGGAAAAUGAUCGAAGAUAUUUAAAAUCUACAACAGAGGUCUGUGUGGAAAUGAUUAAUUUUACAGGAAAGUGGAACAAGGAAUAUACUCUAAAUGAUUUAACUCUGAGUGUAAAACCUGGCCAACUAGUUGCUGUAGUUGGUCCUGUUGGCGCAGGAAAGACGUCACUGCUACAAUCGAUUCUUGGAGAGCUUCCCUUGUUUUCUGGUCAACUGAAUGUUUCCGGUUACAUUGCUUACUGUCCCCAAGAACCAUGGAUAUUUGCAGGAAGUAUUCGGGAUAACAUACUGUUUGGUAAAUCCUACUGCAAAGAGAAGUAUGAAAAUGUGAUAUAUGCAUGUGCUCUGGAGCAAGAUAUGUUGCAAUGGCCACACGCUGAUCAAACACAUGUUGGAGAAAAGGGUGUUGGUUUGUCAGGGGGUCAAAAAUCUAGAAUCACACUUGCAAGAGCUAUUUACAGGUCGGCCACAUGUUAUCUCCUGGAUGAUCCACUUUCAGCUGUGGACUCCCAAGUUGGAAAACAUAUCUUUAAUGAAUGUAUUAAAGGUUUCCUUAAACAGUCAGCAGUUAUACUCGUUACUCAUCAACUCCAGCAUCUGAAAGCUGCUGAUAAAAUAGUAGUUCUUAAAGAAGGAAGAGUUCAAGAGAUUGGAACAUAUGACAAUCUCGUAAACUUUGGUGUAGAUUUGUCAGCAUAUCUUUCGCUAACUAAAAACAUUGAAACCCCAAUAGAUGAUAAAAUUGAGCUGUUAACACUUUCUGACGAAAAAACAGUAUUAAAUCAAAUACUUCAAGAUGGAUUUAAUAAAAGCUCUCCAUCUGAAGAUCUGGAUUAUGAAAAGAGUUUGCUUCAAAAAGAACUAAAAUCAGAGUCUGUUUUGUUAAAGAAUCUCCAAGAACCUGCGUUAGCUGAAACCCAUAAAUUGAUUUCAGAAAACAUCAAACAAGAAAUACCGAAAGAACUGAAAAGUGUUGGUUCGGUUAACAAAGAUGUUUUUCUCAAAUAUUUCCAAAUUGGGGAUAAUUGGUUUUCUACUAUAUCCAUGCUCAUUUUACUCAUUCUUUGUCAAGUAAUAUAUUCUGGGUCGGAUUUCUGGAUAAGCUAUUGGACAAGAAUAGAAGAAAUAAAUCAAAGAGAAAUUCUAAUGAAACAUCAAACCAAUGGCACACAUUUCAGAUUAGAGGAAUCAGAUGAAGCAGAAAGUUUUUUUUAUGUUGGAAUUUAUUCAGCUUUAAUAGGGUCUCUUAUUGUAAUCUCAAUGAUGAGAACAAUACAUUUCUUCCAAACUUGCAUUAAAUCAUCUGUUAAACUACAUAAUCAGAUGUUCUUAAGCCUGAUGGGAGCUACAUGUCAAUUUUUCGAUACAAAUCCUGCAGGUCGUAUUUUGAACAGAUGUUCUAAAGAUACGGGUUUGAUGGAUGAACUUCUACCAGAAACAUUUUUUGAUGCCCUUUCAGUUUUGUUCACACUGAUUGGAAUAAUGUCUGUGAUAAUAUUUUUAAUACCUUGGACCCUAUUACCAACACUUGUGCUUGCAACCAUAUUUCUUUAUCUUAGAAAAUUCUACAUGAGAUCAGCAAGAGAUAUUAAAAGAAUUGAAGGGAUAUCCCGUGCUCCUGUUAUAUCUCAAAUGUCAACAUCAAUUAGCGGCCUUGUCUCAAUCAGAGCAUUUUCAGCGCAACAACUUAUAAGUGCUGAGUUUGACCGUCUCCAAGAUAUACAUUCCUCGACAUGGUACACCUUUAUCUCAGGGACUCGAUGGUUUGGAUUAUGGCUAGACUGGAUUGUACUGGUUUACCUAAUCUGUGUUAUACUUAGUUUUUUCUUUCUUCAAGGAGAGGUUAUUGGUGGUGAUGUCGGUUUAGCAAUUACUUCCUGCAUUCAAAUGACCGGAAUGCUUCAGUGGGGGGUGCGACAGUCAGCAGAAGCAGAGAACUUAAUGACUUCUGUAGAACGUAUUUUGGAAUACUCCAAUUUACCUCAAGAAAAGAAUAAACCAUCUCCUGAAGAACUCCCCAUAAAACUUUGGCCGGUCCAGGGGGUAAUAGAAUUUAAAAAUGUUUGUCUCAGAUAUGUCGAAAAUGAGCCCAGUAUUUUAAGUUCCAUUAGUUUUAAGACAGAACCUUGUGAAAAAAUUGGAAUAGUCGGACGAUCUGGGGCUGGUAAAUCAAGCAUUAUAACAGCCCUGCUUAGACUUGCAGAACCAACAGGAAAUAUAUACAUUGAUGGUCAAAAUAUCAUGAAAAUGAGGCUCACGGAUUUACGGUCUUCAAUAUCGAUUAUUCCACAAACCUCUCUAAUAUUUUCUGGAACUUUGCGUGAGAACCUUGACCCACUGAAAAGAAAAUCUGAUGCCGAUAUUUGGAGAGUUCUGGAAGAGUUCCAACUAGUUGAAGCUGUCAAAAAUCUUGGAAAAGGUCUUGAAUCACCAAUAAGUAAUAGUGAUGCAAGCUUUUCAGUCGGUCAGCGACAAUUGAUCUGUCUUGCAAGAGCUGUUUUUGAAGAAAAUCGUAUCCUUGUGUUAGAUGAAGCAACAUCAAAUAUAGAUAGAACAACAGAUAAACUAAUCCAAAACAUGAUAAGAACUAGGUUUUUCAAUUGCACAGUUCUUACAAUAGCUCAUAGGCUGGAGACUAUAAUGGAUUCAGACAGAGUAAUGGUAAUUCAGCAAGGAAAGAUUGUUGAGUUUGCUUCGCCAGACAUAUUACGAAAAAACAAUGGUGGGGUGUUUAGCCAUCUAGCGAGGGAAAUUGGAGCUAACGAUGCUCAAAUCAAGACGAAAGAUUAAAAAAAUCAUCAUAUAAGUUCUGCAGACGGAGAAACAAAAAAUGGGUGUGUGUAGAUGAAAAUGAGAAAUUGUUAGCAUAGAAGGAAACUAUAUGAGAAACUUUAAAAUUUUAACUAGCAAUGGAGACUUAUGUUUUUAGUUAUCAAUAAAUAUUAUACAGUAGUUUAAUAAUAAAGCUUUAAAGUAACAUA